AUGAGUUCGUGGGGUAACGGGAGUAGAGGAAAAAAACUAGUUUUGCUAGCUACCACUUUAAAAGUGCUUCCAGUGUUUACAGAAGAUCAUGUUUUCUUGGGUAACCUAGAUGAUCCAAGUUAUAAUAACAAACCAAGUAAUGAUGAUGAUGAUGAUAAUGAAUCGCAACUGAAUAAUAUUACAAACUUGGACUCAGGGGCGAAAGAAAACCCUUGCACAGAUCUCAGAAAUGAAGAUUACCAGUUAUUAGAAGAUAUUCUUAUAUCAAAUAAUGGAGACAUUACAAAUAUCAUUGGUGGAACUGAUUUGGAAGGAAGUUACUCGAAAUUCGUUGAAAAAGAAGUUGAUGGAGAGACGAGCGAAUAUCUGGCAUUCAGCAAAAAUAAUAUCAAUAUUGAAGAUAGCUCAGAUAGUCAAAUCAAAAUUAAUGAGAUUGAAAUUAUGGAGGACGAUAGAAUUAAUAAUAAUGAUGAGAACGAAAACGAUCAAAUAGAAGAUAACGCAACUGAAGAAAUGGAAGAGGAAGAGACUGAGGCUAUUAAUGAAAAUGAAAUUGAAGCACCUGAGGAAAUAAUAGAUCCAGAUGAAACUGUUGAAACCCACACCAAAAAAGGUGAAAACAGAAGAAGAAAAAAAUAUAAACAUUCCAAAAGUGUAAGAACUGAAAUUAAGAGAAAUAACAUAAUUUCGCUACAUACAAUUAGACCAGGUUGCAUAAAUUGUAAAUUUAAGUGUCACAGUUUUUUCUCAGAAGAGGACAGAACAAGAACAAAUCAAGAAUAUUGGAAAUUAGACUGGAAACAAAAAAGAACGUUUGUUAUGAAUUCCACUGAAAAUAAAAUACCAAGGCGCAAAGUAGAAGGCUCAAAGAAAAACAAAACUUUUACAUAUUUUUUGAAAGACGGUAGUGGUGCGAAAAGGCGUGUUUGUAAGAUUUUUUUCCUUACAACUUUAGGUUACAAGAAGACGAAUGACUGGAUAGUCCAGUCAGUGUGGGCGAGCGCUAAGAGCAAAAAUCAAAUACAGGAUAAUGAAUCAGAUCGACGAGGUAGACACCCCCCUAACAAAAUGUCAAAUACUCAAAUAGAGAAUCACAUAGAUUCAUUUAAUCCAUCUGUGUCUCACUACAGAAGAGUCCACGCUCCUAAUCGCUUAUAUCUACCAAGCGAUUUAAAUGUUACCCUUAUGUUUGCGGACUUCAGAAAAAAAUAUCCUGAGUUCAUUUGCUCAUACGAAAAGUACAGAAAAGUCCUCAAAUCGAAAAAUAUAUCGUUUGCCAAAUUAGGAAACGAAGAAUGUGAACUCUGUGAGUCUUAUCAUAUGCAUAAUCCAGAGCACACAGCUGAGUCCUUAAACGAAGAUUGCGAAAAAUGUUGUAGUUGGAAAGAUCAUAUUGAGAAGGCGAGAGAAUCUCGUAAAAUAUAUGCAUUGAACAAAGAAAACUGCAAUGAAGAUAAAAAUAAUGUAUGCGUGUCUGUUGACCUUCAGAAAGUAAUAAUGCUACCCAGGAUGGAAAUGUUUAAAAAAGCUAUAUUUUCUCAUCGCCUGAUAGUCUACAAUGAAAGUUUUGUUCCUGUCGGGAAAAUUAGACACUUUCUUCCAUUUGCCGUUUUGUGGCAUGAGGCUGUUAGUGGGCGACAUCAGGAAGACAUAAUCAGUGCUUUUAAUGCAUUUUUUCUCCACCAUAGGGACGUCAAAAAUAUUACUCUCUGGCUUGAUAACUGCUCUAGCCAGAACAAAAAUUGGGCCUUUUUGUGUUUCUUGGUUUAUAUUGUAAAUUCGCCAAGUGUAGCCGCAGAAACCAUACAUGUGAACUAUUUUGAACCAGGACACACCUUCAUGUCUGCGGAUUCAUUCCAUCAUCAGGUAGAAGAGUCACUGAAGCGUCAAAAGAAGACAUAUGAUUUCGCAGACUUUGAAAAUGCAGUACAAUCAAGUAAUAAAGGAAAAGUACAGAUUAAGUCUAUGCAAGUGGAUGAUUUCCAAUUAUGGAAAAAUCUCAGUUCAGCUAGUAAAAUUAAAAACCAAAAUCCUAAGUUCUAUCUUGCCAAAAUGACUGAAUUAAUGGUGAAGAGAAAGGAAUUUGAAAUUUACUACAAAUGCAAAUCCGAUGAAGAAUGGAAGAAACUCGAUUUUUUACUUAAAAAACAUAUUGGUGAAAUUCCAACACCUUCCAUAAAAAUGGCACCCAAUGGAUUUGAACGAGAAAAAGUCGAAAAUUUAUUCAAGGCUUUGGGUUCCAUCAUGCCAGAUAAUCGAAAAAAAUUUUGGGAGGACCUUCCAGAGAAGCUUAUUGACUAG